UGAUCAUAGUGAAAAGAGAUGUCCUCUGAUGUGUUUUCUCUUGUGCUCUGUUUCUAAAAGUUGAUGUCUGCCUUUGAACCAACUAGUCAAAACAAGUGUGUGAACAUCUGCUACUUUAUUCCAUCAGCCAUUCCUUUUGUCCUCUCACCUACUCUUCAAACUUCCCCAAUAUUUUUUUACUUUUUUUAUCUUGUUUAUCUUCUUCUUUGGUUUUAGUCUGUGUUUGGUACUUUGCAUUCGUUGUUUGAACGAUGACGUUGCAACUAAACAUAUGAAGCGACCUUCUAGAUAGCUUGAGUUUGUGAACGCAGAAACAGAACAAAGAAGGAAAGAGAGAGAGAGCUGAAGCAUACCAGAAGAGAGAUGGAAAAAGUAGGUGAAGACGAGAAGACCAUUGGAGAAGCAAGCAACUCAACUGAGGAGACGAGGAAUGUUAAGGAAGAUGAAAGGAUCACAGAAGAAGGCUCCACGGAUCCAUCUAACUCACAGACGGCUAACUUUGAAGAUCAUGAUGUCAGUGAGUAUGAAAUGGAAGACGAGGAGGUUCUAGAGCUUUUUAGACGUAGUAGCAGCCUGAGACCAAAGGUAGCCAAGACUAACAACUUUCCAUAUCCGAACAAAUCUGAAGAGAUGGUACUACAGUUCCCUGAAGACACUCCUGCUGAAACAGAACAAACAAACGUAGAGUUUCAUAGUAUGACUGAUACCAGCGAGAUCGCCGGUCCAGGCGCAGAGGAUUUGGAUAUUUCUGUAAUACUUGAAGGAGUAAGGUCAUCAUCAGAUUCAAAAGAGGAUAGUGUUGACUCAUCCAGUGACUCUGACCUUUCCAGUUAUUACUUUGACGGGUCCUUACCUGUUUCAGCUCAUGUGGAAGAACCAGAAACCCAUCAAGAUGAAUCUCAUCUACCUAAAGAUGAAAACCAGGUUAACUCAACCCUAAACAAGCAAAUAACACAUCUCUCUCUAUAUACGCAACAAUCAGUUAGCUAUUCUCGUUUGUUUACUAAGACACUAGCCAUUUAUAUUGUUUUGCAGAUGCCUCUACUGCGCCUUAACCAACCCGUGCAGCAACUAACUUCGUGGAGGAGCUGCUGCGGACUCCUUGAGCUUCUCCGGGCUGAUGAUCCAUAGAAUACAGGUAUAUUUACAGAAAAUAAGGAAUAGAAACAUAAGCACUAUGCACUACACCCAGAGCUCAGAGCCACAUGUUCAUAGAAAUUAGACACGUGACAUGUUCUAGUAACCAUCACAUGAUCACAUCAUGGUUUAUAAUAGUAUGUUGUUCAUGUUCUGUACUGUCAAACAAUCUAUUAGCAACAAGUCUAUCUUUGUAAUUCA